CUGCUGGGGGCGGGGCGGGAGCCCCCGCGUCCCGCGGCUGAAAUAGGGGAGGGCCCGUCCCACUCGGCCCAGGUGCCUGCUGACCGCCGGGCUGUGCCGUACCGUGCUGCCGGUGAGAAUUUGAGCUCAGGACGUAGUUGCCAGCUUCCUGCUGCUCCCCUGUCAUCUUGUUUUCAGCUUAACUAAAAUCUGCAAAAAUUCUCUGCUGCAAGAAAACAGGUGUGAUGUCAUCAGAAGAUGAUGCCGGUGGGGAGGCUCCUGAGGGUAGUUUCUGGGAGGCUGGAAACUACAGGCGGACAGUGAAGCGGGUGGAUGAUGGCUACCGGCUCUGCAAUGACUUAAUCUCCUGCUUCCAGGAGCGAGCCAAAAUAGAGAAGAACUAUGCCCAGCAGCUAACAGAAUGGUCCCGAAAGUGGAGGACCAAUGUGGAGAAAGGCCCACAGUACGGCACUCUGGAGAAGGCCUGGCAUGCAUUUCUGACAGCUGCAGACAAACUAAGUGAAAUUCACUUAGUUGUCAGGAACCACCUGGCUGGUGAAGAUUCAGAUAAGAUCAAGGCCUGGCAGAAGGAAGCCUACCACAAGCAAAUAAUUGGGGGCUUCAAGGAGACAAAGGAGGCAGAGGAUGGGUUCCGCAAGGCUCAGAAGCCCUGGGUGAAGAAGAUGAAAGAUGUGGAGAAUUCUAAGAAAAACUAUCACGCAGCCCGGAAGGAGGAGAAAACAGCCCAUACAAGGGAGAAUCAUGCCAAGGCAGACUCCUCUGUAUCACAGGAGCAGCUGCGCAAGUUGCAGGAGCGUGUUGAGAAGUGUACUCAGGAGGCUGAGAAGUGCAAGGAUCAAUAUGAGAAGAUGCUAGAAGAGCUGAAUCGCUACAAUCCCCGCUACAUGGAGGACAUGGAGCAAGUAUUUGAGGGCUGUCAGGAAGCAGAGCGCAAGCGAUUGUGCUUCUUCAAGGAGAUGUUCCUGAAUCUGCACCAGCAUCUCAACCUCUCCACCAGUGAAAGCUUUCAAGCACUGUAUCGAGAUCUCUAUCAAGUCAUCAUGGCUGCAGACAACCAGGAGGACCUGAAGUGGUGGCGUAACACUCAUGGACCAGGCAUGGCCAUGAAUUGGCCUCAAUUUGAGGAAUGGUCCCUUGAAACACAGCGGCCAAUCACCAAGAAGGAAAAGAGUGGUAAGGUGGCUGAUGAUGUCACGCUGACCAGCAUUUUGCCAACACGGGAUGGUGUUGUUUCACAGACUCCUCUGCAGACAAGGCAAGGGUCUUUCUAUCAAGAGGAGCAGAACAGCCUCUUCUAUGACAGCCUGAGGGCACCCACAUUUGUGAAUGGAGGGAAGGAAGAUAUUUCGGAGUGGUCAGAUGAGGACACUCCAAAGAAGUACCUGGAUGCCAACGGGCAUGAGGAGGACAUAAAGGUACCAGGUGUACGGGUACGAGCACUGUAUGAUUACACAGGACAGGAGGCAGAUGAGCUGAGCUUUAAAGCAGAUCUAAUGGUUAAAAAAGCAUGCCUUGUUAUGUUAUCCAUCUUCUGAAUCUGCUCUGGCAAGUGUGGACCAGUAGGGCUUAAGUUUAAUAGCAGAUGACUUUCUUUCCCAGGCUCUACCAGUGUGGGAUGUUGUUAAUGAUGUGGAAGACUUUCUGGCAGAUGUGUGGCUCCCCUACUGAUGGAGAAGGGGUCCUUUCUGCCCUUCCCUAAAGUAGAUAUGGAGAGUUUAAAAGUCGUAGUCUUUCCUGGUCAUAGUCUGAGAAAGAAGUUGAUUGCAUGCCUUUCUGGUCAAGCUAAAUGGCCUAUCACAGAAUAGCCAUUUUGGCCCCUACCGGCCAGAGCUUAGCAGCUUCUUAAAUUUCUUUCCCACUUGCUACAGAGGAGCUGGUGAAAAAGAAAACCUGAGCCUUCUGCUCCCUUUGGCUUCUAAGUACUUCUGGGGAAAGGAAACUGAGUAGAA